AUGAAGGAGAUGCUUGGGGGUUGUUGUGUCUGUGCUGAUGAGAACGGCUGGACAGACAAUCCAUUAAUAUACUGUGAUGGGCCUGGAUGUGAGGUGGCUGUACACCAAGGCUGUUACGGUAUCCAGGAAGUGCCAGAGGGAGAAUGGCUGUGCGCCAAAUGUCAUGUUGCUGCUACAACUUACACAAAUGGGGAGUUGAGUCGCAACGGUCCUUCAAAUGGUGUGGGCCAUACCAUCAAAGCGCGUUGUGAGCUGUGCCCGUUCAGCUACGGAGCGCUCAAACGGACUGAACAGAAGGGCUGGGCUCAUGUUAUUUGUGCUCUUUAUAUUCCUGAAGUACGAUUCGGUGAUGUUCAUAGUAUGGAUCCUGUCAUUUUAUCCGAUGUGCCCAUGGAAAGGUUUGAGAAAUUGUGCUACAUUUGUGCAAACGCAGGCGAUUCGCGAGCUGCCCAGAUGGGGGCGUGUAUGUCAUGUAACAAACCGGGCUGCAAGCGAGGAUUCCACGUAACCUGUGCACAACAGCGUGGUCUACUUUGUGAAGAAGGAGGUGGUAGCAAAAAUGUAAAAUACUGCGGUUAUUGUGAGCACCACCUUCGGAAG